AGCUGUUGAGGUCGGAGCUUCUCCAGGAGGGAGGCUCUUCAGAGGCGCUCACAGCCGGCUCCGCACGCACCGACCUGCCCCUCCACGCACACCUGAGCUCACCUGAGCGCACCUGAGAGCGGAACCAUGGAGCUGGACCCCACCGUCAUCAUCCCCGCCGUCCUCUUCACGGUGGUCGCCGUUUAUUUGGCUUCAUCGCUGCUCAGCAGGAAGCCCGACAGACCCUCCUCCUCCUCAGCCGGGACCAGCAAGCCCAAAGCCGGACCCGGAGACGAGGUUCCUGCGUCCAGAGUGCUGGGAGAACCGCUGCCGGUACCAGAACCGCGGGAGAAGCCGAGAGUGAAGGCGGUCCCUGAACCCGCUCCAGAACCAGUGACGGUACCAGAGAGGGUCGCCAAUCGAGCACCAGCCCAAGAACCUGUUCCAGAACCAGUCCAAACACAGGAAUCUUCUCCAGAGCCAGUAGAACCUGCAGCACCCGCAGCAGAACCCAAACUUGUUGCAGAACCAGUUGAAGAACCAGAACCUGUUCAGGAGACAGUAAAGGUACAGAACCUUUUCCCAGAACCGAUCGCAGCUGCAGAACCUGUGGCUGAACUCGCCCAAGAACCCGUUCCAGAACCGGUAGCAGUCACAGAGACUCCAUUAGAACCAACUGUCGUAUCAGAACCUGUGGUAGAAUCUGUCAAAGACCCAGAGGAAGUACCAGAACCAGCUACAGCCCCAGAACCAGCUGCAGCCCCAGAACCAGAACCACCUGCAGCCCCAGAACCAGAACCACUUGCAGCCCUAGAAGACAAUCCUCUUCCAGAACCAGUCAAGGUUGCUGAUCCAGGACCAGUGGAACCAACACCUGAACGGGUCCAACAGCCAGAGAAGGUGGAGGAGUCUGGACCAGAACCAGCACCUGAAACGGUCUCUGGACCCACUGAGCCUGUUGAGGCGGUACCGAAAGAACCAGAACCAGAACCGGAGCCGUCUGUGAACGAUGUUGCUGCAGCUGCAGAAGAGCUGAAGACUGAACCUGGAGCCGUCCAGCCGGAGAGGCCGAUGAGGAAGGAGGAGCAGCAGGAGGAGGUCCAGCAGCAGGAGGUCCAGCAGGAGCAGAGGAUAGAGCUCACCUCUGACGUGACGAGUCUGUAGAGCGGCUCCGAGCUGAUUCCAGAAGAAGCUCUGAGAAGAAGACCAGAUGCUUUCCGUGUUUCAGCUUCAGCUUCCUCCAUGUUUUUGUGGCUUUAACAGCUCUGAGGUGGAGCAGACUUUUGGCAGCAGACGUAUUUCCCACCAGUGUGCCUUCAGGAAUCUGAGUUUUUCUUCAGGUGUUGAACCUUUGUGCAGAAAUCGAGGAGCGCUGCGUGUUUUCGCCCAGUUUUAAUCCUUUCCAUGAACUGUUUAUGUCGAUGCUGCAGCUCU